GUGGUGUCAGUUACCAACACACUGCCUCCUCUCCUCAAGCUCCACGUCCACUUUAAUACUGUUAACUGUUUUCUCACAGAGGCUUUGGCACAUUUGCUGGAUGAUUUAAGACCCGCAGACACUCUUGAGGUUUCACUGACAGUUGCACUGUUCUGGAGACAAACAUGUCGGGGAUGAAUGGCGAUCAGCUGCAUCGUUCCACUUUGGGGAUUUACUCGAGCUUGAUGAACGAGUUCAACCCAAGUCUACAGAAACUGGUCUCACUGGGUAACAGAUACGUCCAAGCUUUCCAGGCUCUUGCUAUGACAAGUGAGGACUACUUCAGUGCACUUUCAGAGAUUGGAGAAAGGGCUUUUCAGACCGCGUCCUCCCGUUCGCUAGGAGACGUCCUGAUUGAGAUCUCUGAGAGCCAAAGGAGACUCACUGGGGAGCUGGAUGGAGUAUUCCGUCGGUUCAGUAUAGAGGUUCUUCAGCAGAUGGAUAAUAACAUCAGACUGGACAGAGACUACAUUUCAGGCAGCAGGAAGCAUUAUGAGAUGGAAGUCCACAACCAGACAACGGCUCUGGAGAGACAGCUGAGGAGAGGACCCAACCAGGAUUGUAGUGAGUAUUUGCAGUUCCUCAGGGAGAGCCACGCCGAGGCCCUGAAGGAGGAGGAGAGGCGAUACCGCUUCCUGUCUGAGAAACACUGCGCCCUGAUACAAUCCAUCGCCCACCUCAUGAAUAAGACAGGAGGUCCCCUCCAGCAGCGGGCUGAUGCCUGGACGGUGGAGACGGAUGCCACCAGAGCGCCUGAGGUCCGGCGACCCGCUUUAUUGAACAACUCCGUGGGGGUGAGGGAGGAGGAGACGGGAAAGAGCAGAGAGGAGCUGCCCCUCGGCAACAUACCAUCAAGGGCGCCGUCUCCCCAGGGAAGCAUUUCUCGCUCCUCAGGAGGCCGAUAUAUGAGGGCCAGGGCGGCCCACCAGCCUGGUGGCUCCAACCCCACCCUGCUGCCCUUCACCAGGGGAGAGAGGAUUACCGUGCUGGUCCAACAGCCCAAGAACGGCUGGCUGUUUGGACGGGCUGACAGCAGUUCCCGGCAGGGAUGGUUUCCAGCCACCUAUGUGGAAGCAAUGGAUGAUCCUCCAAUGACAACCAGCUCUGGAAGCUCCUCUCUGCGAAGCAGCAGCAGCAUGAGCAACCUGCUGGACCAACCAGCAGCCCCGCCCCCUCCGCCUCCUCCAUCUCUAUCUUCAAAUAAACAGACUGAGAUGCGACCAAUCACACAGUCUCACUCAGAAAACAAGAGAUCAAAACCUCACGGAUCACAACCAGAACUCUUCCCAAAGGGCACCAACCCAUUUGCCACUGUUAAGCUGAGACCCACGUCCACCGAUGACAGAUCGGCCCCACGUGUGCAUCGAUGAGGACAUCUCAGACCUGAAAACAGAUGCUUUCGUUGAGCUUGACAGUUCAUUCUUGACUUUGGAAAUAGCAGAGUAUACAUGGUCGAAUGUGAGUAUGUGGGCUUUGAGUGGAUCCUUUUAUUCUUUGUCAAACAACACUCGGUUUGCUGUAGAUGCGCACAAAGCUGGAGAAAGAGGACAAAAAGUAAAUGUACAAAUAUUUUAUGAUUUCGGGUUCACACAAGGACUUUAGAUAUAUACAGUGUCUUUUUUAGAUCUUAGUAAACCAACAACCAACAUUGUGUUUCUUUAGGUAUUCAUGGUUUUGUCCUUGUUGACUUUUUAUAAUUGGCUUUGACAUUUGUAAAAUGGUAAGAAUGAAUCCCUGUGACAAAUGUGUUUAUGUAACAUAAACUAAUAUGUGCAAUGAUCUUAACUUGGUUUUAAAUCAUUAGUCCUUCAUUGAUUUAUUGGCACUGAAAGAGACAAGAUGUGACUUUGGAAAUAAAUGAUUACGGUCUACGAGGUGUUAUUAGUGUACAGUUGAUGUUAGGAAUCAAUGUAUGUCAUGUCUGGGUGCAUGAUAAAUGUUUUUUAUGUUUUUAUCGCCAUUGUAUUGCAUCUCCCCCAUUUUUCUCUACAUGGUCCGCAGAAUUAAAUGCGUUUCUACAUAUUAAUUAACAUUACUAAUUCACUUUGGAAAUUGACUUGUAGAACAUUAACAUGUAACCUCUGGCAGAUAAUGUAAUAUCUUGUAAAAAGAAAAAGAAAAAGAAUUUAUAUAAAUGUAGUCUGACCCAGAAAUGUGAUAAAAAAUGCAAUGCUUUCAUGGAUAAUGUAAAACUAUCUUUAUAGCAUCCUGUAAUUACUUUAACCAAUGUGUUUCACUUAAUCCGCAGGCGU